AUGGCGCGACUCAAAGACUUGACCAGUCAGACUACGGUCACCCAUCUCAAAUCGUUCUUUGCUAGGCACGGGGUUCCGGAGACUCUUAUGAGUGAUAAUGGUGGCCAGUACACUGCAGAUGAGUUUGCUAGAUUCGCACGCGACUACGGGUUCCAGCAUGUUACCAUGAGUCCUCACCAUUCUUCAGGAAAUGGGGAGGUAGAGAGAGCGGUAAAAACGCUCAAAGGUCUGCUCAGUUCCGCUGCAGAUCCCUACGCGGCGUUGCUGUGCUAUCGUAGCACACCUCUAGCUUGCGGGUUUAGCCCAGCUGAACUCUUGUACAAUCGUCGUAUCAGGACCAAAAUCCCUAUGGUUCCUGAGAAGCUGCUACCAGCUGUUCCUGAUCCCGUUGUUCUCCGUGGAAAGGAAGAGCAUAUCCGGAUGCAGUCGAAAAUCAACUUCGACAGGUCUCAUCGUGCUAGAGAUCUCCCUUCGUUGGAAGAAGGCCAAGAAGUCUACCUGCCAGGUCGUCAGGAGACGGGAGUCGUCGACAACAAGGUGCAUGAUCGGUCUUACGUGGUGAACACACCUACAGGACAAUUCAGGAGAAAUCGAGUCCAGAUCAAUAAGCUACCAGAGACAGACUCCCCGGACUCUCCGCCUCCAAGGUUGGAAUCGCCUCCAGCAUGGGAAAGGAAACUUGCUAGUGGUGGCUCUAGUGUCGCAAGGGAGCCUCCCACGUAUGUUACAAGGUCUGGCCGUGUAUCAAAGCCAAACCCAAGAUAUGCAGACACCUAA